AUGCUUAUUGUCCCGCUGGCGCUUUGGUGCCGCGCCUUGCGGUAUGACUUGGUGGACGACCCCUCGACCGAUCCCGUCGUGUCGUGGGGCCCCGACGGCGCCAGCUUCGUUGUUUGGACGCCGCCUGAGUUUUCACGCGACCUGCUGCCGCGCCACUUCAAGCACAACAACUUCUCUAGCUUCGUGCGGCAGCUCAACACAUACGGCUUCCGAAAGGUCGAUCCUGACCGGUGGGAGUUUGCCAAUGAUAACUUCAUCCGCGGCCGCCGGGACCUGCUUAAGGACAUCCACCGCCGCAAGCCCACCGGCCCCGGCGGCGGCGGCGGCGGCGGCGCAGCCGGCGGCAGCAGCAGCGCGCACGUGCCGGCGGGGCAGGGGGCGAUCGAGCUGGGCCACUAUGGCGGGCUGGGGGAUGAGAUCGAUUCGUUGAAGCGCGACAAGAACGUGCUCAUGCUGGAGCUCGUGCGGCUCAGGCAGGCGCAGCAGGCGUCCGACUCUCGCAUGCGCGACCUGCAGCAGCGGCUUGAUGCUACCGAGUCGCGGCAGAACACCAUCAUCAACUUCCUGGGCCGCGUCGCCCACAACCCCGCGGUGCUGCAGCAGCUGGUGGCCGCGGCGCAGCAGUCGGGGAUGCAGCGGAUAGGCAGCAGCCCGGGGCGCGCGGCAGGCCGCGGCGCGCGCAAGAAGCGGCGCGCCCGCGGCGCCGGCGGCAGCGGCGGCGACGAGUCGGACGAGCCCGUCGCGGGCCCCGCGGCGACGAGCGAGAACCAGAUCAUCCAAUACCAGCCGCAGGGGGACUUCACGGAGGAGCUGCUGCGCGGCAUGGCGGCGGUGGUGCAGCAGCCGGGCGGCGGCGGCGGCGGCGCGGCGUUUGGGGACUUUGCGGAUGCUUUUGCUGACCUGCAGCUGCAGCAGGUCCCUGGAACGGCGGUGCCGCAGACAGUCACGAUCCAGGAGCAGCCCGUCAUCUUUGACGCCGGCUCAUUUCCCAUUCUGGGCCUGGAUGGAACGGUCACCUUCCAGCCCACGGCCGCCUCCCCAGCCAUCCCCCCCUCCCCGCCGCUCGCCGGAUCCCCCAUGCCCGACGGCGCGCCCGCGCCCCUCCCGUUCGUGCCGGCCGCCGCGCCCGGCGUGCCCGGCGUCGCCGGCUUCCCAGCAGCUACCGGCGCGGCGGCGGCGCCAAUACCACUGGGCAUGCAGGCCAUGGGCGCCGGCACGACGACGCUCGCCCCUGGUAUCCCUUUGUUCCCCGCCGCGCCGCUGCCCCCGGCGUCCGCGCCAAUGGCGGUCGACGCGGCGCCGCGCGUGGAGACGCCGCCCGACGACGACGGCGGCGUGGAGCUGCCCGCAGAUCUGAUCAGCAGCCUGCAGACCCUCGGAUCGGCCGACCUGAUGAUGGAUGAUCUGCAUAAAGACGAGCUGUGGGAGACGCUGUUCGGCGGCGGCAGCUUCCCAGGCAGCAGCGGCGGCUUGGCGGGCGGGGGCGCGGCGGCGACCGCGCAGCAAGGGCAGGGGGGCAAGCAGGGCGGGAAGCAGCCGGCCGCAGGCGUUUGA